AUGAGUCACUGCGUUCCAGAUUUUGAAAUACAAAUGGACGAUGACGAAGAAUUCCCAAUUCCCGUCUCAAAGAAACCCUCCAUGCAAAACGACAACAUCAUGGAACUGUUAUGGCAAAACGGCCAGGUCGUGAUGCACAGCCAAAAUCAUCGACCACUCCGAAGACCGCCGCCUCCGUUGAUGUCCGGCAGCGACGGCGUUAAUCUGGCGAAGGAGAUUCGACCACCCGAAGCAGGAAACUACAGUAACCAACACCUGUUCAUGCAAGAAGACGAAAUGGCGUCGUGGCUCCACUAUCCAAUCCACGAAGAUCCUACUCCCUUCGAUCAUCAUCACGGUUUCUGCGCCGACAUGCUCUACCCGCCGCCAAACGCUACUGCGAGCCAGAGUAAUAACAACGCAGCCAUGCAAUCCUCCCUUCGCGGGACGGAGCUUCGGCAUCCGCCUCCUCGGCCGCCGAUUCCGCCGCGGAAGACGGUGCCGGCGGGAUACAGGAUGCAGAAUUUCGCUCACUUCUCGAAGCACGGCAAUGCGUCGUCGAGUUCGAAGGCCACUGCGGCACAGCCGACGGUGGUGGAUUCGUGCGAGACGCCGGUCGCUGAGCACGCUGAAACAGGCCGUGCAAGUGUGGCCGCUGCUGCCUGUAAGGCGGCGGAGUCUGACGGAAGGGAGACAACGACGGCGACGUGCGAUGUGACGGUGACGUCAUCUCCUGGUGGCUCCAGCCGGAGCGCGAGCGCGGAACCGGUUCAGAGGGAACCGGACCGGAAGAGGAAGGGAAGAGAACCCGAGGAAUCUGAGUUUCAGAGCGAGGUGAGUGAGUUGACUCGUUUUGUUUUUUUCUUCUUGAACUCUCACACGUUCCAUAUGCUUAGUCUUGACUAUCGUGCGCCGGGGAAGUGA